AUGUUCCAGGCACAACGUUCACCUGGCGGCAAUUCUGCCACUAGAAACUGCAAGAUUAAUGAAGACUGUGGGAGCAGCGAUGAUAUGAAAGAGGAUAAAGUCGACUCCGAAACUGGCCUUGAUUAUAGGUCUAAGGAAAACAGCAGUAGUGGUCUACGGACAAAUGAGAAAAAAGUUGUUAUAUCUGAGAAUUCCGACUGCGGUUACGGCACCCAAAUCGAAAAUCGAGGAUCAAUUUCGACAUCAAGCAAUGAAGACGAGUUGCCAGCUAAAAAGCCGAUACACCAGAAACCCCACUCGUCAAACCUGAGAAACAGCAAUGCACGCUCCAACAUUAUACUUCAGGAGAAGAAAAGAAAGAGAAUAGUCAAAAAGGCAAAAACCAACAUAAUUUUAUUGCAAAACAAACACACACUGACGAACGAUGACAUCUCAAACAUCCUCAAGGACUUUACGGUUCAUUUUCUUCUUAAAGGCUACAACUCGCUGGUCCAGACUCUCCACAGCGAGAUAUUAACGAAUCUGCAACUCGAAAUCGACACCUCCCAUUUCUUUUGGCUUGUCACUUAUUUCUUAAAGUUCGCCACACAAAUAGAAUUAGACUUGGAGCACGUGUGUUCCGUACUGUCAUACGAUAUUAUUUCGUAUUUAACAGCGGAGGGUGUCAACCUGUGCGAACAAUUCGAGCUCGCCCUGAAAUUGGACCUUAACGAAUUGAAGUCCAAUACGCGGAGGCUGCACUUGGUCGUCACUGCUAUACGAGAGUUCGUGCAAGCCAUCGAAAUAUAUAAAAAUUCAGCCUUCACUUCCGAUGACAACCAAAAAAAGCUUGCAACGCUUCUGAUAAAGAUGUGCGAGACUCAAGAGUUGCGCUCACUUUUAGUGUUGCUUAUACGUAAUUACAACCCCAGAUACCAACAUAAACAAUAUUUGCAGGACCUGGUUGUUACCAACCACAUUUUACUGAUUUUUUUGGAUGCCGUUAUGAAAACGCCGGGGUAUGAGGGUUCUAACUGCAUGCUCGAUCACGUGAAACAGUUCGCUGUACCGGAAAUGAUGUAUGUCUAUGGCAUGCUUCUAGAAGAUUACGAGUCCAACGGGGAGUUUAUAAAUGACUGUGUUUUCACAAUGAUGCAUCAUGUUGGCGGCGACCUGAAAUGCGUCACGACUCUGCACCAGCCGAGGAUUUUGAAAGCCUUCACGUUAAUAUUGAAAAACGAAUUUGAAAUGUGCGAUGACUGGUCAGAUCUCAUUGAGUACGUCAUCAACACAUUUAUGAAGAAGCCGAAAACGCUGGACAGUUUCUGCAACUUCCGCCUUGAGCCUUUAGCCUUGACCUUAGACGGCAAUGGGGCCACACAAGCGGCGCAACGAACAGUGGACUGUAACGAAACUACCCUCAAGAGGAAAUCCACAGCUAGCAGCCUGACCAACACUAACGACGACGGAUGGACAGAGGACGAAAUUUCAUCGUUGAGUUGGAACUACAUGCAGUGUAGCUCGAUGCCAGACGCAAUCGGGGAAGUCGUGAAGAUGUUCAAAGAGGACGGUAUUAUUAAAGCAAGGGAUUCGGUAAUAAAGGAACUGUUCAGGCAGUUGGUAAUAAAUAAAAAGGAAUUCGAGAAGUUUCUCAAAGCUGAAUUGGAGAGAAACUCAAAAAUCGUACAGAUGACAAAAGAAAUGAAAGACGAUGAAAUAGUAAAGAUCUGUGAGGAGCUGGCGCAAGACGGAAAGUCGAAAUUUCUCGAUUGGGUGCAAGCUGUUUUGCUCGAUACGUGCUAUGCGAAGAUUUAUCUGGAAAAGAAGGCAGUAAAUGACGAGAGGGAUGCUGAAUUUAUCCAAAAGAAUUAUAACUUUAUGCGCUCCAAUUUUCACAAGGAGGAUAUGCCACUUGCGUCUCCGGUUUGCCAUCAUUCACUUCUUUUAAAGAAACCUGUUCCGCUGGUCCCUUGGAAUUGCGAACAAGCAUCCAUCUGCAAAGACCUGAAAUUCCUACAGCUUUUAAACAAACUCGGGUUCGACAUGCCGGUUGAUUCUGGUAAGGUGUUCAUUCGAAUACCUUAUGACUGGACGCCAGAUUUAAUAUUUGACGUUGCAAGUAAGAUUUCUUCUAUUGACGAAACCAAACUGAAAUUCAAACUGAGCGAAAUAAUGCUAAACAGCGUGACAAAGUCGAAACAACGGAACAACACGUGUACGGAACACGUGGUGUUAAUGUCCGACAAAAGCAGUGUUAUUAAUACAAGCUCUCUUGAUAACUUCUAUCAAGUAAACAAGCAGAAGCAUCUCGGAGCUGUCGUCAAUUUCACACCAAUGCCUGGCUUCUCAUACAAUUCCGCAAUCGAGGAAAUUCAGACACCGAAUUGGUUGAAAAUGGUUCAGAAAUCUCAAGAAUAUAAAAUAUCUUUUGAUUCCAAUGGCUCGGUCCUAACGAAAAAGGCCGAUGAAACGGUCACGAAGAAGGUCGACGAUAAUGUGGAUAAGUCCCCUCCGCCGGACUUCGCGAAAUUUGUAUUGCCAUCUGCAACGAGUGCCAAGCCGGAGACCAACUACAAUGUACCUAACACGGAACCUGAAUACUAUGACAACAGCCUAUGUGAAACUGCAUCAGUGGCAUCAGAUCUCACCCGGAUGUACGUCUCAGACGAAGACGAGAUAUCGGAAGUCGCGAUACGUCCUAUAUUGAAAGUGAAGACCACAUGCACCGAGGCACCAUCAAGUGACACGGACAACGCGAUGAAGGGAAAACGACAACGAGUGCACUUUUUCCCUGCGGUU